AUGUCAGUCUCUGUGGCAGCAGGUGCAGCCUUCUCGCUGGAAGCGGAGCGGCGCCCGUGGUGGCGGUCGGUGACGCGCAAGUACGUCAUCCUGUGCUGGGUGUGCGGCGGUCUGGCCGUACUGCUCGGCCUGCUGUACGUGCUGGUAUACUUCCUACUGCGCACACACACCAGCAGCCUCCAUUACUUCGAGACCAUUCCCACCUAUGUGCCGGCCUGCGUGCUUAUCGUGACUGGAUUCCUCCUGCUCUGCUUUAUCAAGCGCAGGAAUCGCUUCUCCUACUUGAUCAAGCUGUCGGGCGGCUGCUGCCUGCUGUCGGCCGUGCUCUGUGUGGUGAUCACGGUCACCACGGCCGUGGUGCACAUCAACCGUCUCCAGACGCUCACCGAGUGCGUGUUCGCCAAGUCACUGCGCACCUGCACCUGCUUCGCCGGCAGGCUGCAGGCGCAUCUCGACGCAGACGAAGUGAGUUACGUGUUCGGCGCUGUGCCGAACUGUGAGGUCAUCCACGGAGCGCUCUUCUCCUGCCUGCGAGCCCUGUUCGGCCUCUCAGUGAUCGGCGCCCUCGUCUGCAUCUUCUCCUGCAUGCUCGUCUACCAGCUGCUGAGCCACGAGCGGAAGAAGAUGUACUGGGAGCAGCUGGAGAUGCGUCAGCGCUGCUUCUUCCAGGCCCAUCCGCCGUUCCCGCCAUCGUUCUGCGCCAGCGAGCCCUGGCAGCAGUGGGACUUCGUCGAUGACGUAGCGAGCAGCCGGCGGUCGGACGCGGCGCCCCCGCGCAGUGCCACCACACCCUGGGUCUGA